AGCGAAACGUCACGUCAGUCGCGUCAGGUGAAACGUCAAAAUUUUAUCAACCAGACACUUCACAAAAAAGAAAAUUUUCCAAGAAAUAUAAAUUUUUACAUUGCAUUUUAUCCUGACAAAAUGAGUGCAACGAUUCAUCCUAGGGAGUUUGUAAAUAAAGACGAGGAAAUCAAGUAUUGGAAGAAUCUUGCCCUAGAAUACCAGGAAGAAAUUGAUCGGGUACAAAAGGAAUCAGAGGAAUUUAUCACAGAGUCAAAACAGUUGGAGAGAGAAUAUGAAUCUGCUCUCGAUCAAAACGAACACAAGAUAAAAGAACUGAGUAUUAGCAAUAACAGAGCCCAUAACGAGAUAGACGCAUUGAGAGUAAAGCUAGAUAUUUGUUUAAAAGAGACAACAAAUCAACAAACCGAAAUAGAGAUGCUUAAAAAUGAAAAACAACAACUUAUCAAGAAAGUUGUAGAACUAGAAAAAUGCAAUGACGACCUAGAAAGAUCCAGGAGAAUCAUUGAAGAAAGUAUGGCCGGUUUUGAGCAAGCCCUAAACUCCGCUUUAGAGAAAAAUGCUAUUUUGGAAAACGAAAUAGACGAAAAAGGUUAUAUGCAAGAAAAACUACAAAGAUUGGCUGACGAAGCUAGAGAUUUGAAACAAGAACUUCUAGUGAAAGAAAAAGUCAGUGUGCCCGACAACGAACGAUACAUGAAUGGAUUCAAGACCGCCCCAAUAGACAACAGAUUAAAGGAAAACGAAACGCAGACUACUUCACCAUCCAAACGUGACUACCAACACCAGCCGCCCUUGUCGCCAGCAUGUCGAGUCAGUGCCCUUAAUAUUGUCAGUGACUUGAUACGGAAAGUUGGGGCUUUGGAACGUCGCUUGGAUUACAAAGAACUACAAAACGGUGCACUAAGAAAAUCCCGACACGUCAUGAGUACACCCAACGAAUUAACAAAAUAGGGGAUACUUUUAAUAGUAAACGUUUGUUAAAACUUAUCAACUAGUCUGGCCUAGGAACACUCUGACUGAAAAAAGGGAUUGGUACAUUAUUUUACUAAAAAGUGAAAAAAUUUGAAAUAUUUUUUCUCUAAUACAAUUCCCCUGCCCUAGACCAAACAUGUAAAAAAUAUACACUGGUUGAGCACAGUAUUACCGAACUGAUAUUAGUAAUUUUAUUAUUGUGAUAAUAAUACAAACAGAUCAAUUUGCCCUCUUAUUGUUAUUGUUUUUUACUCAAAUAUUAAGCUAGAAAUCCUAUGAAAAAGUGGAUCUGGUGUAGUAUAAGUUGUGAAUUUAACAACCAGAUUAGACCUUCAAUGAGCUGUUUGCUGUAUAAUAUGCUGUGUAGUCAGUAAAACUACCACAGGCAAAAUGUGAAACUUUGACACUAGCAGUUACAUGUAUCAAAAUACAAAUGAGUACUUUUUUCUUCAAAAUCCAUAAUAUAAAGUGAAUAUUUUUUACAUUUUUUCAAAUAACAGAUCAGAGCUCCUAAAAACAGCUAGUUGUAAGGUUUAACUUAUUCUUCAUAGAUAAUUUUAAGUCAACAUUUAUUCGUUUAAUAUUGAUCCAAUAUAUUAGACACGAAUAAUGUGAAAACUGUCUCUAAAACCUAAUGUGAUCUUAUUUUUUUAUGUCAAUAAUUUUUCUUUGACAUAAAUUAAAUAGAACCGAAAAUAAUAUGCCUGUAUUAUUAUUUGGGAAUGGAUGAAUUUGAAUCAUGGAAUCAUUUUUUUUAAAUUGAGCUAGUCAAGAUUGAUUUGCUUGCCUAUGGAAGCCGGAAAAAUGUGAUGCAGUAGUUUCGUAUAAGUUGGGAAAAAUUCCUUAAAAACAAGAGUUUCCUUAGUUUUGGAUGUUUUAUAAUUUGAAAAAAAUAUAUUACUUUUUAAUAUUUAGUACUAAUAUAGAAUUUAAAUGCGUUGUAAAGAAUAUUUUCAUACUAUAUAAUUAUUAAUUGAAUUUAGGUGUUUAGUGAAGUUUUUUCUAAAACUACAUAAUUUGAUUGAUAAUAAAGAUGCAAUAAUCCAUAAGACAUAAAAACUAGCCGCAAGAAAAAAUCCUUGAUUAAAACUAACACAAAGAUUAUGGGAUAUUUUGGUCUUAAAAACUCUCUUUCAAUAAUUAUUAUUACGUUUUUAGCCUUAUAGAAUGGUGAUUGGUAAUAAGAAGAGCAUACGAUUAAGAUUUUAUUUUUGAACCCUCGGACAAUAUUUGAUAAGCUUAUUUAUUGUAUUGUGGGAAUACUCCCUUUGCGCUGUACAUACAAAUUUUAUUCCAUUUUUACUUUUUUUAUUAUUUAUUUAUUGUAAUUUUUUUUUUUUUUAAUAAUUAUUACUUAGUGUCAAAUAAUAAGUCCCUUAAAGUGUGUUAUUAUUCUUUGGAAUAAUUUAGUUGAAGGUAUAAACAUGCCGUUAUGCUCAUCCUAGUUAUUUGAUUUGCGUCUCAAAAAUACUACUCGUAAGCUAAAAGACAUUUAGCUAAAAAAAAUAAAAUGUGUAUUAUAAGUACCAAAAGUCUUUAUUUAUUUUUGUAUCACAUAAGUUGGCCCGUAAAAAGAUGUGUAAUAACAGUACCAAAAGAAGGUUCAAUGUCGCCAGUUUCUUUAUUAUUUUUUGUGAACUUUUCUAUACUCUGGCCUAGAGAAAGUGGAGUCAAUUUUAUUUCGAUUUGUGUCUGAUUAUUUGUAGUUGGUAUCCAGCUUAGUUGAGGAGCUCCUAUAAAGAAUGUCAGUUGAUUGGGAUGGAAUAGGUUGAAAAAAUUGAACUUACCUGCAAUGCUAGAAGACCUAAAUAUCCACAAAAUUAUAAUGUACAAUGGAAUGUUGCUGAUUACAUUUUUGAUUUUGCUCAACAAUGCAAAAGAUAGAAGGGUUGCUAGUCGGAACUAAAACAUAAUUUUGUUGUAUGGAAAAGUUGCACUUGAAACGACUGCUGAAUUAUUAUCAACAUUAGUUGCUCAAAUUUUGAUGGAAUUUUCUUUAUUUUAUUCUAUAGGAAACGGUAAACUAUUAUUUAACCGACUCAAAACUCAUUGUCAGAGUAACACACACUUUAUUCGAAAUAGUGGAAUCGAACAAUUUUUACCCACUCAAUUACUUGAUGGUAAUUUAUUUCCAAAAUGACACUGACACACAUUUUGCCUCACAACUUUGGUAAUUUCAUUCCGAUCUUUAUAAUUAGGCUCAAAUUAUGGCCAAUUGAAUCCCCUAUAAAUGUCUUGUUAAAAAUUUUCAAGCAGAGUACAACAAAAAAAAAAGAAAAAGAAAAUUAUUAAUUCUCCAAGGCAGUCAGUCGUAGAAAAACAAUAUACCAAAUACACCUUGAGUUUCCACUAUUUUUGAACUCUACUUUUUGAACAAUGUUGUGGAGAUGUGAAAUUUCUAUUUUGUCUGUCAACCAUGCUAUCUUAAACAUGUUUCAUUUAAAUAUCAAACACAAUAGAAGCAUAUUAAUAUACUUACAGCAGCAAAUACAGUAUAGUACAUAGUGGUCGUAGGCAACAAAAACAAUAACAAGGUAAAUCCCAAAGUACCGAUAAAUAAUUGAUUCGAAGAAUAUUCGCAAGAAUCCACCCUGUUUCUCAACGGAUUAGAUUUUCUACCAAUAAACAAUCUCCAUAGCGAAAUUAGCCCUCUAAGUUGCAAGGAAAAUAAUCUAAAAUAAAAAUUAUCAUUUAUUUAUAAUUGAAUUAAGACUGCAAAUUAUUACCUUGCAGCAUAAAUAUAAAUGCAGUACACGUGAAACGUGGCCACAGAAAUGAUGUCGGAAAAUAUGGCAAUCUGACAUGAGAAUCCUAAUAAGGCCGGCAGUAGGAUGAUGAGAAAAAUUGCAUCCAAAAGCGGUUGCAUUGUAUGCAAAAAUACCAUCCAUAAGUUUAUGUGGCAAAAGAAAAAUUUGCCUAGUGAAUUAUUGAAGGCGUAGUUUAGUUUUAAGCCUAUCGGAGAGCCCAUAAGGUAGAUUAACAGUUCACGGAGAUUAGUGACGAAUAUCUGUGAUAUGUGAUCAAAAUUUGAUAUGAUGAGGCAUUUAUAAUCGAUGCAAACGUAUAUGAAUGCUACGCCUAAAAUAAGGUCUAUGAGUUUGGCUGUGACAGUGUUUCCUAUCCUAGGCGAAAAGCUUCUUUCUUCAUUUAAAACAGUCAAAAACCAUUUUAGGGUUUUUAUAUUUGAGUCGAGAUGAGUGAAAAUUGCUGAGCUUUUCAUUAGAGGCCUGAGCUUCAG